CACUAGUAGCUGCAACAGUGGGGCGCCGAGCAGAUGUGAGAGUAGUGAGUGGCAGUGAACGUUCCGACCGUAAACAAUUAUUUCAUUUAAAAUUCAUAAAAUAAGCGAAAUAGAAUUGAUUUUUGUUGACCUCAUCAGUUAAACGAACAUCCUACUUUCAACUACUGGCUACACUAUUUUUAUGGUCUCUAUACAUCCACCCACACUGCCCUUUAAGUUGCCUCCAAAAUGACUGCAAUGGUGGAGCUUGAAAGUUGGCUCAUUUAUCAGUGCAUCGCUACAGAAUGCAGCAACUGCUUGUUCAUGAGCGAAAGCGCAUUCAGGGCGCGCGACAUCGGUCUACGUGCCCAGAAAAAGAUUUUGUCCCGCAUGGCCGGCAAAAAUGUGGCUAGAGCAUUCAUUGAUGACACUACGGCAUCGUUGUUGGAUAACUUAUACCGUCUUGCCAAGCAAUACUCAGACAACAAGAAAGAAGCGGAAAAGCUCAUAAAAAACAUAAUAAAGGUGGUGAUCAAGCUCGGAGUCCUCCAUCGCAACGGCCAGUUUUCAGCUGAAGAACUGAAGCAAGCGGAACGGUUCAAAACAAAAUUCCGCAUGGCUGGAAUGGCCAUCAUAUCUUUCUAUGAAGUUGACUUCAGUUACGACAGGAACUAUCUGACAGCAGCUCUCGGAGAGUCCCACAAGUGCCUCCAGUUUAUCGUGUCCAAACACCUAACGGAAAAAUCUUUAUCACGAAUUGAUAGUGUUUUCAAUUUCUUCUCGAACGAACAGUUCUUAGAUGAUAUUUUUCAAGUGAACUCUCCGUACAAGGAGACAUUGGGUCGGAUCGUCGCAGACCUGAAUAAAGCCAUAGAGAAUGGGGAUCUCUAGUGUUGGAGACGGUGUUCUUGUGAUUUCGUUUAAAUGUGAUUUUAAUUUAGUUGUUGGAUUUGUGUAUGGACGUUAGAGUAAUUAUUGUUGCAUGGUUUUUAUGUAGGGACUGUAUAGGUAUGUUUGUACCUAUAUAGGUACUUUUUGUUGUUUUGUUUAUGUGUUAGGAUAGUUUGACGGUCUCCACAAAAUUACAGAAAUUUUGGAAGAGGAAAUUUUACAAAGUUCGGUGCACUUGAUGUGCUGCUAAGACCUUAGUUGUGAUAGCCAUUUUAUGUUCAGUGUUGAUAAAUGUUACCCUUUCAAGAAAUGAUAUGUUAAGUUUUUGGAAUAUAUUUAGUAGAGGAAUUUAGUACGUUGUGACUAAUCUUGAAAGAGGUCCAAAUGUGUAAAGUAUAAUUUUCUACUUGACUUUUUAGUGUGUACAGUGACAGUGUCCGAACACCUUUAUCUUCAUAUCUACAAAAAAAUGGAAAAAACCCAAACUCAAAAAAAUAUAUUUUUAUAAUAACCAGACUCCAACGUGUGGCGCUGUCUCUGUACUUCCUAAUUUUUAUGUCGCAUCCUAUUAAAUCGCUUCGAUAUAAUUUCGCCAGAAAUGAAACUAACUUUUUCUAACACGAUGCUUAUAAGCACGUAUUUCUUCAGCUGAUCACUGGUGUAGUUAGAUGCGUUCACUCUAAACUUAACAAAAAAGUUUCUAUCCUGGCAUAAAAACCUUAUCCUAAAGCACGUGUACAUAUGGAUUAACAUAUCUUUUAUUUACACAAUUUAACGAUAUUGUAGAAGUAAGAUAUUUUUGCACCAAGAAAUAUUAAAAUUAGGCCGAAGUCACGAUUCACGAGCCUAAACAUAACUGUUGUGAGUAUUUCUAAAUACAAAAUGAAAGCAGUUAAGACAAUAAGUCAGAAAAGUCAUAGGGGAAUCCCAUCUCUAUUCAUUUUCUACUAGUCAUAAGUGUUUACUUUCUAGUUGUAUCAUAUCUAUUAUUUAUUAUGCGUUAAGCCAAAUGUUGAAUUUUAUUAGUUUUAUAGUGCCGACUUCAAGCCAUUUUUAAAUGUGAGGAUCAUUUUUAUUAGAAAACAUCUGAAAAUGUGGACUUUAGCUUUUGAUUUGUGAAGGGACGAAAGGAAGAUUAAGCUGAAUUUAAUACUUAAUGGAGAAAUCCGUCGUAAUAAAGAAAUUGUGGAUUUUCCCAUCGUGUAUACGAUUUAGCAGAGUACAGCGGCUUGUGAGCAAUAUUACGUAAAUAUUUCUUAAGUUAGUGGUUUUACAGGGAGAGAUCGUUCAUUUUUACAUUACAUAUAUUUUUUCAAAGGUUGUAUUAUUACUAUGCAUAAGUUUGAAUGCACGUUUUUCUGUUUAUUGUCAACUUUAGAACCAUAGAUCUCAGUAAGAUAUUGAACGAUGUAUGUUUUCAGUGUUUUCUGUAUUUAGUUGUCCGUUACAUCAAAAUAAACAAUAUCUAUGAUA